AAAAAAUAUAUAUUACGAAGAACCGGUCAGAACUGGAUAUUAAUAGAAUGUUAUUAGAUACGAUAAUAUUUCUUAAGAUCAGUGCACAUACAUAUUGUAUAACUUAAAUUAUUCUGAAAUAUUAGUUUUUUUCUCUUUGCCCAACAGCAAAUUUGCAUGGCUACACAAUUGAGUUCUUGUUCAUCUACUUCGUCGUCUCCUUCGGCCUUCAUCUUUUCCUCUUUGCUCAACAAUGAGGCAACACUUUUUUGUAAAUUCAUCAUAUUCCCGAGAAAGAAGCAUAACCCCUCGUGGGUUUGUCAGGUUGGAUCAAGAAAUCAUGGAAUGAAGCACUUUAAGCUGAAAUCUUCAAAUGGGCAUCCACUAAAUGCUGUUUCUUCGAAUGAUGGUAUAGCUGCAAACCCUAUGACCAAAGAUCAAUCUGAGCCCGAAGAGAAAAUAUUUUCCUUUUCAGAACAGGAAAAUGAAGACAGUACUAUUAGCAUAACUGUUGUUGGAGCUUCUGGAGACCUUGCCAAAAAGAAGAUUUUUCCAGCACUUUUUGCUCUUUAUUAUGAUGAUUAUCUACCCAAGAACUUCAUUGUGUUUGGUUAUGCUCGAACUAAAAUGAGUGAUGAAGAACUUAGGAAUGUGGUCAGCAGAACUUUGACCUGCAGAAUUGAUAAGAGGGAGAAUUGUGAGGAUAAGAUGAAUGAAUUUUUGAAAAGAUGCUUUUAUCAUUCUGGACAGUAUAAUUCUGAGGAGGAUUUUGUAGAAUUAGACAACAAGCUGAAAGAGAAGGAGGCUGGAAAAAUAGCCCGUAGGCUCUUUUACUUAUCAGUACCCCCAAACAUAUUUGUGGAUGUUGUGAGAUGUGCUAGUCUUAAAGCUUCUUCUGGAAGUGGGUGGACAAGGGUCAUUGUUGAAAAGCCUUUUGGCCGUGACUCAGAAUCAUCUGGUGAGCUAACCAGGUGUUUAAAGCAAUACCUUGCUGAAGACCAAAUAUUCAGGAUUGACCAUUACCUGGGAAAAGAACUUGUUGAAAAUCUAUCAGUGCUUCGCUUUUCAAAUCUUGUUUUUGAGCCUCUCUGGUCUCGGAACUACAUUCGCAAUGUGCAAAUAAUAUUUUCUGAAGAUUUUGGUACAGAGGGACGUGGAGGAUAUUUUGAUAACUAUGGCAUCAUUCGUGAUAUAAUGCAAAAUCACCUAAUACAAAUUCUAGCAUUGUUUGCAAUGGAAACGCCAGUCAGCUUAGAUGCUGAGGAUGUCAGAAAUGAAAAGGUAAAGGUUCUAAAAUCAAUGAGACCGCUGCUGCUUGAAGAUGUCGUUGUUGGUCAAUACAAGGGUCAUAGCAAGGGUGGUAAAUCUUAUCCUGCUUAUACAGAUGAUCCAACAGUUCCGAAUGGAAGUCUUACACCAACAUUUGCAGCAGCCGCUCUCUUUAUUGAUAACGCCAGAUGGGAUGGAGUUCCAUUCCUAAUGAAGGCUGGCAAGGCUCUUCAUACCAGGCGGGCAGAGAUCAGAGUUCAGUUCAGACAUGUUCCAGGUAACUUGUACAAGCAGAACUUUGGAACUGAUUUAGACAAGGCUACAAAUGAACUUGUGCUUCGUGUACAACCUGAUGAGGCUAUAUAUUUGAAGAUCAAUAACAAAGUUCCUGGUCUUGGCAUGAGAUUAGACCGUAGUGACCUGAAUUUGCUCUACCGUGCAAGGUAUCCAAGAGAAAUACCAGAUGCUUAUGAGAGACUAGUGUUGGAUGCAAUUGAAGGUGAACGAAGACUGUUCAUCAGAAGUGAUGAGCUUGAUGCGGCUUGGACACUUUUCACACCGUUAUUGAAUGAGCUUGAAGUAAAAAAGAUUGCUCCUGAGCUCUACCCCUACGGCAGUCGAGGACCAGUGGGAGCGCAUUAUCUUGCUGCAAAGCAUAAUGUUCGAUGGGGAGAUCUUAGUGGUGAUGACUGAUACAUUGCAUUCAUUUUCUGCUACUGAUUCUUUUACCAAAUGUAUAGUAAAUAAAUGUUUUCUUAUAUCAACUCCCCUUUUGUUAAAAUGGGUAUAAUAUGUUUUCUUAAUUUUGUUAUGAAACCUAUAGGGUAUGCUAUAUACAAUCAAAUGAAUGAGAUUAGGGCCUAAGCCCAUAUAUAAUACACUAAAGAAAGCCCAUAUUUGAUUAA